AUGAAUCCCAAACCGCGUCGUCUUUUAGAUUUUUGCAUUGCAGAUUACAAACAGUUUCUCGAUCAUACUGCUCCUGGGUUGGGAUUGAAUAUGAUAAUCAAAUUGCUCAGCUUCCAUUUGGGCCUGUACUUAAAUGGUCCGAUGGCACUCGGCUGGAGAAGGUCCUCGCUAUGCAAUACCGUGCGUGAUAUGCUAUGGCGACCAUCCAGACACACUAUACGCACCAAUUUCGAUUCUGAUGACUCGUGUGCCUGGACAACAGCUAGGCCGGGUUUACGACACAUUAUUUCGGGAACUACUAUUCGGAGCGUUCGUAUUCCCAACCACUUUGCCGGCCCAAUUGAUUCCGAGAAAGAAUUUAACACGUACCUAAGAUCAGCUUCUUGGGCAGCAAACCUCGCAUCUGAUUCGGCAUAUACUGAAGCUCUCGAUCUCGCUACAAGUAUAGAGAAUAUUCCGCAUCGCGUUCUCUUUACACAUGGUGAUCUGAAAUCCCAUAAUAUUCUAGUGAAGGGCGGUCGAAUCACAGGCUUUAUCGACUGGGAAUCAGCUGGUUGGUGUCCUGAGUACUGGGACUUCACAACCGCAAUGAGGUUCACACCGGUGAAUAGUUGGCGGUAUUAUUUUGUUUUCGGCCUCGGGGGCGAUCAAUAUUUGGAGGAACUAAAGUGUGAACGUGCUCUUACCAAGUUGACUAUCGAUUCAUAUUCCUGGUGA